CGGCCUCCCAGAGAGCUAGGAUUACAGGCGUGAGCCACCGCGCCCGGCCUGGCAAACUAAUUUUGCCAGUUAGUCCAUGGGGUAAAUCCAGCUUGCCACCUGUUCUGUAAUGGCUUACCAGCUACAAAUGGCUUUAACAUUUCUCAGAUAAAUAAUAAAUAUGUUUUUGUGACAUUUCAGUGUCCACAAAUAACGUUUUAUUGAACACAGCCAUGCUCAUUUGUUAACAUAUUGUCCAUGCAACAAUGCACAGUUCAAUAGUUGUGACAGAAACCACAUGGUCUACGAAGCCUAAAUUAUUUACUUUCUGAUCCUUUAUAGAGAAAAUUUGCUGAUUCCUGGUCUAAGAGUUUCUUUAAUUUGGUUUCAAAGUCCUCUGUCAACUCUCCUCACCUUUCUGUAUAAGCCCCUUUGCUCUGACCUCUCACAUGCACCGUGUUAAGUCCUAUGACGUUGGUUUUUUGCUCUCUAGAAUGUCUUACCACCCUACCAGCUCAUCCUAUACAUUACUCAAGGAUCAACUGGAGGCUUUUCUUCUACAAGAACUCCUUCUAAGCAUGAUUUCAUUCUUUUGAUCUUUCCAUUAUUUUGAACUAACUCCUCAGUUAGUUUUCAGGAAGUUUUCAUUCUAUACUGUAUUUUUAGGACUUGUAUUUUGCUUUGUUCUUUAGAUAGUCCAUGUUUAAAACAUUCCAUGUCCUAAAAAAACAAAAAACAACAAAAAAAACACAACAUUCCAUGUCCUUUAGACAUUCCCAUUUUGAAAUAUGCUGUAAGCUCUUUGUGUGUAGAGACUUUGUCUUCCCUUCAUUUGAGUACUUAGUAGGUGGCAGUUCAUUUUGGUGAAUCAUCCUUUAGCAUGGUCUUACAUAUAGAGAAUUUUUAGAAACUAGAAACACCUCUUUUUUCUCCCCCACUUGUUCGCCUUCUCUAAUGGGGACAUACGCAGUUAAUGAAAUUAGUGUUUUGUUGUGUUUUUAAUCAUUUACCCAGCAUUUUAGUUGUUAUCUGGCUAGUAAAUACAAUGUAAAAGGCUCCUUUAUUAUCUGCCGAUCCUAAUUCUUUCCAUGUCUAGAGUUUAGGUAGCAGACUAUAGCAGGGGGCAGGGAAAUUAAGCCAGCAAUAGAGUCCAUGGAAAUCAAAAAAGAGUUAUUUGAAUGCCCAUUUUGCCACACUGCACUGUAGGUUUUUAUAGUUUAGGUCUAUUCAAGAAAACAUCUAUUUGUUGCCCUGAAUGUGACACUCUGAAAUGCACGUAGUAUGGUAAUAUACAAAGUAGAAAAGCAGAAAAGAAAUUGAGGAAUAAAUUGAACUCACAAUAGGAAAAUACAUUUAGCAUUAAAAACGAGCAGUUAACUAUUAAUAUUAUCCGUAGGCUAAGGCCAGGUCAUGAUAGUAAGUACAUUAUAAAAGGUCUGCAUUGCCUUUCUCAUUUGCAUCACAAAAGGUUUUAUACCUAUAAACACAUCCUUGUAGAGUUGAACUUAUUACUUAGAAAUUUGAUAUUAAAUUUAGGAGCAAAUUUCCCCAAAUUCUAUUUGAAGCCACUGCAUUUUAUUCAGGAUUAGGGAAUCAGGAUGGGUGUCUGGGAAUGGAGCACAAAAGGUUAUCAGAAUAAUCAUAAUAUCAUCCCACUACUAUGUGUGGAACACUGGCCAUGUGCCAGCACACUAUAGGUGCCUUACAUAUAUUAUGUGUUAUCUUCAUAACAACACUCAAACUAGUCAGUGAUAAGAAAACUGGGACUCAGAAAAGUGAAAUAAUUUGCUCAGGUUCACACAGCUCAUAAGUGGUACAGCCAAAUGAGAACCAUUUUUUUUUCUUUUACCUACAAUGCAGUGCUGUUUUGGAAAGAUGAUCAAGGAAAGACCAUAGAAGGGGAAGGGGAAGAGCUUGAGACAGGCACAACCCUGGUAGGGGUGAAGACCUCUUGCAAGAAAGAGUAAGCAUGUAAGGCAAGAGAACUGAGUAUAGCAGGUGUCAGUUUGGUACCAGAAAAGGAUGAGAGAGCCCAGUGUCCCAAUGUGAUGCAUCUUAAUUUCUGACUUUACAAAUACUAAACCCAAUUGGCAAGCAUUUGUAUACUACCAUCUAUCACCAAAAUAUAACUUUAUUUUUCUCACAGCAACCAUGUUAUGAUUAAAUUCCUUGCGUUAUGGUGGUUAAAAAAAAAAUACAAACAACCCACAAACAAACCUUGCAGGAGCAGUGUAGGCCUGUAUUUAGGAAAGAAAAGAAUACAUAAAUGAUUCAUCUCUAAAUUGGCAUAGAAUUGCUUAGUGCUUUCCUUUAACCUUUAGUUUUAAUUUGGUUUAACCUUUAGUUUCAGGUUUAGCGAUGCCUUCCAGUGACUCUAAUGACAGGGAAGCUGUAAAUGGAUUUAAGUUCCUGCAAAAAGUGAAUAAUCAGGCACAGAAAAGCCAUUUCUUCAAUAUAAAGGGUGAAAAGAGCAAAUUAAAGACUAGUCUUUAAUAACCAAAUGUAAUUAAAAUACAUUGUCAGAUUUAUGUUUUAGUACCUCAGAGGCAUUGAUAUGGUCUGUUUCUGAAAUGAGAUUGCUGAUUCCAAAAAAAAAAAAAAAUCUAGCCUUCAGGAUAUAGAAAAUUCUCAUAACCUCCUCCUCUCCUUUUAAUUGUGAUAUUCUGAUAUAAUUUACAGGGUAAAAGAGAAAUGUAUCUCUGGAGGAAUUUGUAAACAUACUUAAGGUUUUGUCACAUAUGGAGCUUCAAGCAGAAGGAUUCUUUUUCUAUAAUCAAGUAUCAUUUAGAAAAUGACAAUAUUUAUUAAGUUCCUUGGAGUGUUUUCAGUGGUACAAAUCAAACCCUCCUCUUUUUCUUUCUCCUGGUACUCCAGCAACUUCAGUUGCUUAACUACAGUCAUUCAAAGGAGAGGCAGUUUGGCUUAUUACUGACAUUCUGGUUUCUCCUUUUAUGAGGCUGGUCAUGUGGGCAAAGUGGCCGCCUGGCUGUCAGACAUUCCUGUUGAGCUUCUGCUCCUCCCUCCAGGGCCAUAAGAAGUGGAGAAGAGGGGACCCAGAGGUAUUUCUCUGGGCUACUGGCUGGAGGACUCAGGACAGCUAGUUUCCACUGCAGGGGCUGCAGGCCCUGGUAUACAAUGGACAGCAACGCGGCUGCACAGUCCUGGGUUACCCCACUUCAAUUCCGUGAUUCCACUUUUCAUUUCAUUUCCUUACCCUCAUCCCCAAAGCAUUAAUGAUAUGAUAGUGAGAGGCUGGUGACAUGCUGAGGGCUGCAGUGAUCCAUGUAUUCCUUAUUCAGGAGUCUUACCCAGAAUGCAUCUGUAUGAAAAUUAUAGAGAGGGUAGAAUCAUGAUUGUUUAUGUCAACAAAAAGUGGUAUCAGUUAAAAAAUAAUACAACACUAGAUUGAAAGUAGCAAUAACUGGAUUCUGCUGUCUUCCUCCGACCUUGAAAAAGACAUAUAACUCCUCUGCAUAUCUCUUCUCAAGACCCGGGGCCGAGGACAGGAAGCCAUGGACUGUGUGCGCCUCCAGGGCUUGCCCACUCCUCUUUCACAGAACCCACGGCCUGGUGCUCGGGCUCCUCAGGCCACCCUUGUUGAGAAAGGACAGUGAAUCCAAAGAGGCCAGUGCUUCCCAUCGAGCUUGUGAAGUCCAGCUGACUGGAAGUCCUUUUGGAGCAGCCCAGCAGCGUGAGCACAGUUGUUACUGCCCCGUCGGCCAUGUCCUUCAGUGCCACCAUUCUCUUCUCCCCUCCUGGUGGCAGCGAGGCCAGAUGCUGCUGCUGUGGCUGUAAGAGUGAGACUGGUGGGGGCAGCGCAGGCUCUCAGGGCGGGAAUCCUCCUCCCAGCACCCCCAUCACAGUGACUGGACACGGCCUGGCCGUGCAGAGCUCAGAGCAGCUCCUGCAUAUUAUCUACCAGCGGGUGGAUAAGGCAGUGGGGCUGGCUGAAGCUGCUCUGGGACUUGCCAGGGCCAACAAUGAGUUGCUAAAACGUCUCCAGGAGGAAGUGGGUGAGCUAAGGCAAGGGAAAGUGUCCACCCCUGACGAAGAUGGGGAAAGCCGGGCACAUAGUUCCCCACUUGAGGAGCCUGGGCCUCUCAAAGAGAGUCCCGGGGAAGCCUGCAAGGCUCCGUCUGCCGUGGAGGAGGAGUGUGACAGCGUGGGCAGCGGCGUGCAGGUGGUGAUCGAGGAGCUGCGGCAGCUGGGAGCGGCCUCCGCUGUGGGGCCUGGGCCUCUGGGCUUCCCGGCCACCCAGAGAGACUUGCGGCUCCCAGGAUGCGCGCUGGCAGCCAGUGAGGGGACCCCACUGCUCAAUCCUCUGGUAGAUGACUAUGUGGCCUCUGAGGGUGCAGUACAACGAGUGCUGGUCCCUGCUUAUGCCAAGCAACUCUCACCAGCCACACAACUGGCUAUCCAGCGGGCAACCUCAGAGACAGGGCCAGAAAAUGGAACCAAGCUGCCACUACCUCGCCCUGAGGACAUGCUCAGUGUUGCAGCUGCUUUGGACGGUGCCUUGGAAGAGUCAGCCCCUGGCAGCACUGGCGAGCUGAGACACUCUCUAGCGUUUACCGCUUCCCCAUGCAGGACUAGAGGAAGUGGGCAGAAGAAUUCCAGGCGCAAGCGGGAUCUGGUACUCUCUAAAUUGGUCCACAAUGUGCAUAACCACAUCACCAAUGACAAGAGAUUCAAUGGGUCUGAAAGCAUCAAGUCCUCUUGGAAUAUUUCAGUAGUGAAGUUCCUUCUGGAAAAGCUCAAGCAGGAGCUGGUGACCAGUCCCCACAAUUACACGGAUAAGGAGCUGAAAGGAGCCUGUGUGGCCUACUUCCUUACUAAGAGGCGCGAAUACCGCAACUCCUUGAACCCCUUUAAAGGCCUGAAGGAAAAAGAGGAGAAGAAACUUCGAAGUCGCCGAUACCGGCUUUUUGCCAACCGAUCCAGUAUCAUGAGGCAUUUUGGACCUGAGGACCAACGCCUGUGGAAGGAUGUGACAGAAGAGCUAAUGUCAGAUGAAGAGGACAGCCUUAACGAGCCAGGCGUCUGGGUGGCCCGCCCUCCCCGUUUCCGGGCCCAGCGCCUCACAGAGCUCUGCUACCACCUGGAUGCUAACUCUAAACAUGGCACCAAAGCCAACCGUGUGUAUGGGCCUCCCUCAGAGAGACUGCCUUCUGCUGAAGCCCAGCUCCUUCCACCAGAACUUUACAAUCCUAAUUUCCAAGAAGAGGAAGAUGAGGGAGGCGAUGAGAAUGCUCCUGUCUCCCCAUCUUUUGACCAACCCCACAAAACCUGCUGCCCUGACUUGAACUCAUUCAUUGAAAUCAAGGUGGAAAAGGAUGAAUGAAAUCUGUAGCUGCGAAUAACUCUGGCUUCUGCCACUCCCCAUGUCCCAGAAAUGGGCAUCUAGGGGGCUUCCCAGAGUAAUGAGGUACCCUCUGCAGACCGAGAAAACAAUUUGCCUCUCUUCUUAACACACAGUCUCCAUUGGAAGUGGAAGCUGGAAGAUAUGGUGGGAUAAAAGGAUUUAUCUAGAAGGGGAGAAACUCCCCCCACUGUGAAUGGCAAGCCAGAAAAUGCUUAUUCCUCAGCAUAAACAGUGCCUCGGAGGAGCCUGGGAUGAGAAAAGGAGGAGGAUGGGUCUAAGAAACAUGAGGCCUUCUUGACAUGCGCCCUGUUUCUGAGUUGUUUCUGCCCCUGCCCAGUUCCGCCCAAGCUCUGGGGAAGGAGCCCAGGUUGUACCUUUUGCUUCCCCAUGACUGCUGGUCUUGCUCUGCAGUGGAAGCAGAACAGGACCAGUCCAGGGAAAUGCUGCCACCUGGUGGGAAGUUUCAAUUAUGGGCUUGAUUCUUCUGAGCAAGAGAACAUGGGUUCAAUGUUUGGGAAUUGGGAUCUAGAUACAGUAGCUAUUGUUUAUUGAAUUAUAUAAGGAAGAUUUUACUACUCCUGUCUUACAGAUGAACAAAUUAAGGCUUAAGGAGUUCCCGUAUCUCACCAGCAGCUUCUUUCACAAUGUGUGACCACGCUGAAUAUAUAGCUUUGUAGCUAUUUCUUAGUCCUGUUAACCAGGCUGCAUUUUAGGGAAGGGAUAUGUGUAUGUGUGCACACGUGCAUUUUGACUGGAUUGAGAAGUAAAAAUGAUUCUAUAUUCA